UAAAAAGGAACUUUGCUGGGAACAAGAACCCCUUGCUCUGAACAGUUCUCCUGUUGAAACUCGGAGCUGAAUUUUGGCCAGAACCACCCUUUUUCUGUAACUUAAGCCCAUCGUUUCCACACGCUGGCGCUGGCUGAUGAUCCUGGUCGCGUAUCCUAGCUCCUGGGAGGUCUGUGGCUGAGGUGAUCUAACAAGCUCCUUAUUUCUGCAAUCUCCCAGACUGUUUAUACCGCCGCGAGGAAAGGGGUUGGAGGAGAGCACAUGCUGGUGGUCAGACAGCGAUAACGGCGUCGCUGCCUGGCGCAGAACACCCUGUCCUUGCUGUGCUCCUGGCUCCAGCGCCAAGUCGCCGUGACUUGGAAGAGGUUGCCCUCCAUGGCUGAUAGAGAUAGAUCUGUUUAUCUAGUGGCGAAACCUCUUGCGAGAGAGUUUCCAAUCUGGAUCAUCAAAACUGUAGUCAAGACCUUCAAGUAUUUCUUUGGCCUGAGGUUUGAGGUGAAAGGACGGGAGAACUUCGAGGUGGAGGGCCCUGCCAUCAUCGUGUCCAACCACCAGAGCAUCCUCGACAUGAUGGGGCUGAUGGAGGUCCUGCCCGACGACUGUGUCCAGGUGGGAAAGAAGGAGCUGAUGUACGCCGGCACUGUGGGGCUCAUCAUCUACCUCGGUGGUGUCAUCUUCAUCAACAGGAAGAGCACCAGCAGUGCCAAGAUGGUGAUGGCGGAGGUGGCCAAGACUAUGGCGACCGAUAACGUGAAGGUGUGGGUGUACCCAGAGGGCACGAGGAACUGCACCGGGGAUUUGCUGCCGUUCAAGAAGGGAGCGUUUCACGUCGCUGUCCAGGCACAGGUCCCGGUGAUCCCCGUGGUGUAUUCCUCCUUCACCACCUUCUAUAACCCAAAGAAGAAUCUAUUCACAUCAGGCAAAAUCAAGGUUGAGGUUCUGCCUCCGAUAGAGACCAAAGGCCUGACAUCAGACGAUGUCUCUGACCUUACCGACAGAUGCUACCGCACCAUGAGGGAGACCCUCUUCAGGCUGUCCGGCCGCCCAGGCGAGGUGAAGGACUCGUCCUAGAUGCUCCUCCAGUGGCGGCACCAUGCGGUGGUGGCUGAAGGGACCUGUCUGUUGCCAAAUACCCAAGGAACUUCUCUUCCUCUGCAGUGACUUCUAACUCUGGGGACAUCGUGGACUGGCACACGAGGCGUGUUGAGCCAGCGCUGAGGUUCCCCAUUGAGUGGAUUUCUCUUCUGGGUACAUUAUCUUGCAAUGAAACGUCUCCUUUUUCUGUA